AUGCUUGUUGGUGAGCUUAUCAAUUUGGAGAGAGAUUUGAAAGACGAGGACAAUAAAAAGGAUGCCACCAAGCAGGUGGAGAUACAGAAGAAUAAACAAGCCAAGACGUUGGUCAAGAAUGUUGCAGGUGGGGUGCACUCAAUCACCCAUCAGAGUGCAGCCCCUGCUUUGAAAAAAAGAAGAGUCAAUGUGGAAAGUACAGGCCCAUCAAAUUCUGGUGCUGAAAAGCAAUUUACAAAAGGGGGAAAUGUGCUGUUCUUUUUGAAGAACUUCAAAGAUGAGAUGGAAAACGUUAUCGACACUGAAGUCAAGUAUAAGCAGCUUGAUUCUGCUUAUCACAUGGAGGACAAGCUGGACUCGAUUGAGAAAAGCAACAACAGGAUUGCAGACACAUUGGAGUGGUUGGCGGGUGCUGUUAUGAAUAUGAAUGACAUGCUUCAACAACUCCUUGCUGCAAUAACCCAUCAACCCUCACUUUGA